UAUAUGUAGGGCUCGAAAACGCGGGCCCUAUUUUAGCCAAGUCUCGCAGGCCUCCAUGUUUUCUCUCCACUACUUGCUCAUCAGAAGCAUCCCAAGCGUCCUCCGUCUUGGCAGCUAUAGUUGUCAGCGCGUUAUCGCGGAAAAUCAACCAGUCCAUCCACACCGAUUUUCAAAUCUCAUUGUGAUAGACGUAAGAUCGUCGGCGGCGCGGCCAUAGCGCGAAAGUAUUAUAGUGCCCGUGUUCCGUUCCCGUUUUCUCGCAGCGUCGGUCUACUGUAAUAUUUUCAGGCGCGAUUGCGUUGUGGGUCGAGAGAAACACGAAACUUGGAAGACGUUAGAAUGUCCGAGUCGGUUCUUGGGACAGACCAGACGCAGGUCGACACUUCGUACUGCUUCAAAUGGAGCAAUUAUCAAAGUCACCUCUCCGAGGUUGUGCGCCAGCUGCUAGAGGAGGAAUGUAUGGUCGACGUGACCCUCUACGCCGGCGGCGAACGAAUACAAGCACACCGGCUGGUUCUCUGUGCUUGCAGCACUCUAUUCCAAGAAAUUUUGAGCCAGGUUAAUGAUGAGCACGCCACUAUUAUUCUGAGCGACAUAUCGCCUCAAGAUGUGAGGUCCAUCGUAGAGUUCAGUUACAAUGGAGAGGUGAGGAUCCCUGUCGAAAAUAUCAACAAUCUCCUGGACGCUGCUCAUUCUUUGAAGAUAUGCGGUUUGAUGGAGAUUGAAGGUUUAGAUGAGUCGGAAAUAUCUCAGGACAAAGAUAUCACUGCUGAUGACAGUUAUGUCUUGAGCGAGUUUCCUCAAGUUGAUGAAGAAGACGAGAGUAUUCAGUCAACAGACUUUGAAAAGUCACACACACAGAAAACUAGUGAAAACAAAAGAAAAAUUUCAACAAAUGACGAAGAGGAUGAAAUGGAUGAGAUUCUUAAAAGGCGAAAGCGUCGAAAGAGUGUUUGCAAGAAAGAGUACAGCGAUGAAAUGCUGGCUGCUGCAAUUAGUGACAUCAAGGAGGGGCGAUCAUUGUUGGAGGCAGCUAUGAGAAAUCAUAUUCCCAGAUCCACACUUUACAUGAGGGCAAAAGUUCUGGGUCUCACUCUCAAUCCAGCUCGAAGUGAAUACACAAACGAAGAUAUGCAAGGAGCUAUACAAGCAGUCAUGGCUGGAUCUAGCUUACAACAGGCAUCUGACUGUUAUGGUAUUCCGAAAACAGUUUUGUGGCGAAGAAUUCAAAAAGAAGGCUGUAUACCACCUAGACACGAAAAAAAAAACAGUUAUGCAGCUGACAGAAGAGAAGCUGCUGUAAAAGCAUUAGAAAGAGGAGAUUCUCUCACAAAAGUUGCCAAUGAAUACAAAAUUCCAAAAACAACGCUUUUUCGAGAUAAAGCUCGUUUAGUUGACCAAGGAAAAUUGCCGUCGACAUUUUGGAAAAAACGAAAGAGUGAUGGCGAAGAGCUAAAACGAUCUCGUUUGGAAGAAGCUGUGGCUGCUUGUAAAGAGGGUAAGAUGUCGCAAGCUGUAGCUUCAGUUACAUAUCAAAUACCUAAAACUACUAUAUGGAGACGACUUCAAAAAGAAAUAGGAAAAUCAGAUUCAGGUUCAUCUGUGAAAAAACAGCAAAAGAGGGCCCUUUCCACUACACUAAAGAGCGCAGAAAUCGUCAAAUCACAAGAGUUACAAGAAACUGAUUUUGAAGCAUAUUGUCCGGAGGAUACAGACAUGAAUAUAACAUACAUUGAUGAAAGUAACAUGACAGAUGAUCCAGUAAUAAUUCUUGCUAGCGGCGAUGUAGAUGAACUUAAUUUGCCAAAUAAUAGAUCUUUAGUUGUGGUACAUGAAGGUACUGACGAUAAUUUUAUAUCAUGUGGGCUAGAGUUAGAUGAAAAUACAACUUUUGUUGAAAAAAGUUAAUAAUCAAGAGAAUUUUAAGGACUGUCGAUUAUUGUACAUAUAGAUCAUAAGAAUUUAUUUAUGUUAAGCAAUCAGGACUGCUGUUUUACUUUAGUUCUAUGAAAGAUGUAACUUUUACAUAAAUAAAGUAUUUUUGAAUCAUUAA